UUCAAGUCACCCACAGCGAUCCACUAACAAUGCCCUGCAAAGUCGUUCUUGCCGCCGAGGUUGCCUCCAACUUCACCGAGGAGAUCAAGACAGAGGUGAGCCAGCGCAGCGUCAAGCCCAAGCUCGUCGGCUUCCUGGCAAACGACGACCCGUACGCGACAAAGUACGCGCAGUCCUCCAGCAAGCACCUGGCCGAGGCCGGGCUUCAAUUCGAGCUGCGCCAGGUGCCGCGGGAAUCGCUCGAGGCCGAGAUCGCGGCUGCGAACACCGAUCCGUCGGUGAGCGGCAUCCUGGUGUACUACCCGGUGUACAAUGACGAGCGGGACCAGAAGCUGCAGGACCUGGUCGAUCCGACCAAGGACGUCGAGGGCCUGAACGUUGUCUACAACGGCAAGCUGUACAGCAACGACCGCUUCCUGGACGACCAGCAGACCCGCAAGGCCAUCCUGCCGUGCACGCCGCUGGCUGUGGUCAAGGUGCUCGACCACAUUGGCGUCUACGACCACUCGCUGCCCUACGGCGACCAUCUGCGCGGCAAGACCAUUGCCGUGGUGAACCGCAGCGAGGUCGUGGGCCGGCCCCUGGCCGCGCUGCUGGCCAACGAUGGCGCCAAGGUCUUCUCGAUCGAUAUCAACGAUAUCCUGAUCUUCCAGCGCGAUCCGAGUGCAUCGAUCAACAGCCACACCACGACCACCACUGACUUCAAGCCUGAGGACGUGAUCCCGCUGUGCGAUGUGGUCAUCACCGGCGUGCCCAGUGCGGGGUACAAGAUGCCGACCAGCCUGCUGAAGCCAGGCGUCGUGGCAGUGAACUUUGCCAGUGUACGGAACUUUGAGCCCGAGGUCAAGGAGGUGUCGUCGAUCUAUGUGCCGUCGGUCGGCAAGGUCACGGUGUCGAUGCUGCAGCGCAACCUGCUGCGCCUCUUCAACUACCAGCAGUAA